AUGCCCAAACCAAUCGUCCUCCAACUAGGCGACGACAUUCGCUGGAACCACGGUCUCCACGCCAAAUUCCAAGAUGCAUUCGACAUCCGCCGGUCAUACAGCAUGAACCGAGAAGAGUUCAAGCGCGCCCUGAAAGAGCGCACCUUCGGCGAUUUCCUGGCCAUCUACCGCCCAUUCUGGAAUACCGGCGGCGAGAUGGGCAACUGGGACGAAGAGCUCGUGUCGCUAUUACCGGCUUCUUGUCGUGUCUAUGCGAGUGCUGGUGCUGGCUUUGAUUGGGUUGAUACGGCUGCUUUGGCUAAGAGGGGAGUGACUUACUGCAAUGCCGCAGCGGCGUGUACGGAGUCAGUAGCGGACACGGCGAUCUGGCUGAUUAUCUCUACGUUCCGGCUGCUCAGUUGGUCGCAUGUGGCUGCGCGGUCGAUGGACGCAGAUCAGUUUGUCGAUGCGAAUCGGAACUUGGCGAUGGUCUCGCAUAACCCGAAUGGACACACGCUUGGGAUCAUCGGGUUUGGACAGAUUGGCAGACGGACGGCUGAGAAGGCGUAUCUGGCGAUGAAUAUGAAGAUUCAUUACCAUGAUAUCGUGCGGAUGCCUGCUGAGCUGGAAGCCGUGUCGAGGGCCACCUAUCACAAGGAAAUGGACUCGUUGUUGGCUGUGUCGGAUUGUGUGAUGGUUGCGACUCCGUUUAGUGGGGAGACGUUGCUGAAUAAGGGUCUUUUGGCGAAGAUGAAGGAUGGGGCUCGGUUGAUCAAUAUUGCGCGGGGAAAGUUGCUGGAUGAGAGCGCGCUUGUGGAGGCAUUGGAGAGUGGGAAGUUGGCGGCGGCUGGGUUGGAUGUGCAUUUCGAUGAGCCGCGGGUCAGUCCUAAGCUGGCGUCUAUGCGGAAUGUCGAGAUGCUGGCCCAUAAUGCCGGCGCUUCGGUUGAUGCGCAUAUUGGGUUUGAAAGGCUGGGUAUGGAGAAUAUUAUGUCUUUUGUGAAAACUGGGAAAGCGGUUACGCCUGUUAAUGCGCAGUUGGUUGCCAAGGCGAAUGGAUCAAAGCUUUAG